CAGGGAGAGCGAGAGACAUAGAGAAAGAGAGAGAGAGAGAACACACGCGUGUGGCGGUGAUUCCUUGUGGAGGUGGAAGAAAGAAAAGCAGCUCCUCGUCCUCCUCCUCUCAGACGGAUUGUAUUCCCUGGCUCCGGCACAAUGUGUACGCCAUGUUGUGUCUCUCAGCUGGCCUGCUGCUGCGGCUCGGCGGCCUGCUCAUGCUGCUGCAACUGCUGCCCCAAGAUAAAGCAGUCCACAGGGACCCGGUUUAUGUACGCCCUUUACUUCCUGUUGGUCACCGUCAUCUGUGUCAUCAUGAUGUCCCCCACUGUGGAGGAGCAGCUGCAACAACAUGUCCCCUACUACAGCGAAAUGUGUGAGAAGUUGAGCGCAGGAGAAAACUGCAAAACCCUGGUGGGCUACUCGGCUGUCUACAAGAUGUGCUUCGGUAUGGCCUGCUUCUUCUUAUUCUUCGCCAUCUUCACCAUAAGAGUCACCAACAGCACAGGCUGCCGGGCGGCCGUGCACAACGGGUUCUGGUUGCUGAAGUUUAUUGUGCUGGUGGCAUGCUGUGCUGGAGGAUUCUUUCUCCCAGAAGAGGAAACCUUCCUGGAAGUGUGGCGUUACGUGGGAGCCGCUGGCGGGUUCCUUUUCCUCCUGAUCCAGCUCAAGCUGUUGGUGGAGUUCGCACACAGAUGGAACACAAACUGGAGUGCGGGAGUAGCAUAUAACAAGCUGUGGUACGCUGCUCUGGCCUUGGUGACGCUGGUGCUGUUCAGUGUUGCAGUGGGAGCCGUGGUCUUCAUGGGUUGGUUCUACACCCACUCUGAGGCCUGUUUAUACAACAAAGUCUUCCUGGGCAUCAACGGUAGCCUCUGUCUCAUCAUCUCCCUGCUGGCCAUCUCUCCAUGCAUACAGAAACUGCAGCCCACGUCAGGCCUGUUGCAGCCCGGAGUGAUCAGUGUGUACGUCAUGUACCUCACCUUCUCAGCCUUCUCCAGCAAACCGAAAGAAAUCCUGGAGAUAAAUGGCAUGAACCAAACCGUGUGUGCGUUUCCAUUCGAUUCGGGAAAGGAGAGCGACAAGAAGAUUGUAACAGCGUUCGGAACAGUUAUCCUGUUUGGUUGUGUCCUUUACUCUUGCUUGACAUCCACCACCAGACGAAGCUCUGUAGCGCUCAGGGUGUGUAGGAACAGUGAGCCAGAGACUGAGAGAGCUCGCUGUUGUUUCUGUUUUGGAGAUGACACAGAGGACUACGAUGAGGAGAAUACUGGUGGAGGACAGAACGUGUUGUACGACGAGAGCGAGGCAACCAUCUACGGCUACACCUACUUCCACUCUGUCUUCUUCCUGGGUUCCCUUUAUGUCAUGAUGACCGUCACCAACUGGUUCCAUUAUGACAACCAUAAGAUUGAGAACAUUUUGGAUGGCAGCUGGUCGGUGUUCUGGAUCAAGAUGGCCUCCUGCUGGGUCUGUCUCAUCCUCUACAUGUGGACCCUCGUUGCUCCUAUGGUCUGCCCAAAGCGUUUUGAGGCGUAGGACGCAGAUCACUACAUGAGCAUCGUGCUACUCUGAUUCUCUGGAUACAGGCAGACAUGAAGCUCCCACGCUGAGCCAAGGGACCACCACAAUUCCCCCUUUUCUUUGAAACACAACCCCACACUAUCCUCAGCGUUUGAAAUGGAGGAUUAUCUGUUGCCUUUUGUUUUAUAUGCUAGUUUAUUUUUACAUUGUUCAAAAAUAUUAAGUUGUUAAUACCUUGACGGUAAUUUUUAAAAAAUUCUUUACUACCAUAACUCCUGGAUUUUUGUAUUACUUAAAGGUUUGAAAUUACAAGAGUCGUAGGAGUUGAAUUCCAUUAAACACAAGAAGAAUCCAGUUCCUAUUGAUUCAGGGAUCAUUUCAGACUUGAAAGUGUUUUAUCUGUGUGUCUGUUUUUCUUGGAUUCUUUCUUUUAUUUUCAGCUGAGUAUUUCCGUUCUGAACAGUUGUAGCAAGGGUUUUGGGACAAAUUUAUUUCUAGAUUAGAGAUGUUACAUGAGAAACUGUAUUUAUUCAAGUGUGUCCUAAGUAAUCAGAAGAAAUUUGGAGAAAGUGAAUUCGAUUUGCCCCUAACUCUGUUUAAACCCUCAUCUCUCAGGCUCGCAUGUCAGCUGAAUUAUUUUUAUGCUUUGUUAUAUAGGUCCCCUUUUGUAAGUUUUCUAUGCAACCGAACAAGCUCUUUUUUCAAUCUUAGAUACGCUGUGUUGUGAAGUUUCCACUUAGAUCACAAGGAUAAUUGUUUAAACAUUUUUUGGUGCUCCCUUUGAGCCAAAUGUUUUCUUAGGAAAAUCCUUGUCAAACGUGCAACGUUUCCAGUCCUCGACAGUGUUGUACGGGACAGUUCUCUUUAAAUCAACCGGCCUUUUGCAAGAGUGACGUUAGUGGAGCGCCGCCUCUAUAGAAGAGCUUUAGGGACACAGAGUGUGAACAUUUACCAAAGGUAGAUGUAAGAAAAAUGCAAACUACUCUGUCUUAUUGGUUAGUCUGUUACAGAGAACCUGAGAGCAUAAUGUAUUUGCAUGCACAUGCAGACACUCAUCUGGUUGACACAUGUUCUGUACAGUCAAGAAGGCUUUUUACCUUGUUUUGUUACACACAGCUCAUAAUGGUGGUAUGAAUAAGGUCGCAUGAGUGGUUUUACUGGUGCAUUAUUCAACACUGGAUGUUGAGUUUACUGCCAAAUUCAGACAAAGACAUUCACCCGUUUAUUACCUGUGUGACAGGUUUUGUAUAAAAAUACAAUAUAUUGUAAUCUGCAAGUUCUUUUGUUUCCUUGUCAUCAAAACUAAACCAGUAAGUUGUUUUGUCUUAUUGUUUACCUAACAUGUUUUAUAAUAACUUAUAUGUACAUUUUGGCUGAAGUUCUGUGAUCUGUGGAAAUAAUUGAUUUGAAUCAUGCUGUCAUGUGACUUAUCUUUUUGAAAGAAUUUCAGCAUUUAAGUUACUGGUAUGAAUGUAGGGAUUAAAUGGUGCUCACGGCAGCUUUGAUAUCCAACAAUUAAAAUCUGACAACAGUACCAACAGUGAAGGCUGUGGAAAUCCAUACCAUUUAAUAAUACUUUCUGACCAAGCUGUGUUUAAAAGAAGGACAUGUGCUUGUCAUGUGGUUCAAAAGUUCAAACUUGAAAAUAAACCAUAUAUUGCA